GCAGCCUCACUCAGAGCAGAGCGCCGGCGGGCGGCGAGUUCAGACGGUCCACACACUGGUGCAUGCGUCCCUUCUGGGUCUACAGGCCUCCGCACACAGGCUUUGAUGGAGUGGCAGCCGGAUGAACAGGGACUCCAGCAGGUCCUUCAGCUCCUGAAAGACUCUCAGUCCCCAAACACAGCCACGCAGAGAGCUGUGCAGCAAAAACUGGAGCAGCUGAACCAGUUUCCUGACUUCAACAACUAUCUCAUCUUCGUCUUGACAAGACUGAAAUCUGAGGAUGAGCCAACACGUUCACUCAGUGGCUUGAUUCUAAAGAACAAUGUGAAGGCCCACUACCAGAACUUCCCUCCUGCAGUGGCAGACUUCAUCAAGCAAGAAUGUCUGAGCAACAUUGGGGACCCAUCCCCCCUCAUUCGCGCUACCAUCGGUAUCCUGAUCACAACCAUCGCUUCUAAAGGGGAGCUGCAGACAUGGCCUGAGCUGCUCCCUCAGCUCUGCAACUUGCUCAACUCUGAGGAUUAUAACACCUGUGAGGGUUCAUUUGGAGCUCUACAGAAGAUCUGUGAGGAUUCCUCAGAACUGUUGGACAGUGAUGCCCUGAACCGACCUCUAAACAUCAUGAUCCCCAAGUUCCUCCAGUUCUUCAAGCACUGUAGUCCCAAGAUAAGAUCUCAUGCCAUUGCUUGUGUGAACCAGUUUAUCAUUGGAAGAGCUCAAGCUUUAAUGGACAACAUUGACACCUUUAUUGAGAGUCUGUUUGCGCUGGCUGCAGAUGAGGACUCCGAGGUGAGGAAGAAUGUAUGUCGGGCGCUGGUCAUGCUGCUUGAAGUCCGUAUCGAUCGGCUCAUCCCACACAUGCACAGCAUCGUUCAGUACAUGCUACAGCGUACACAGGACCCUGAUGAGAACGUGGCUCUGGAGGCCUGUGAGUUUUGGCUCACCCUGGCUGAGCAGCCCAUCUGUAAGGAGGUGCUAUCUGGACACCUGGUUCAACUGAUUCCUAUUCUGGUGAAUGGAAUGAAGUACUCUGAAAUCGACAUCAUCUUGCUGAAGGGUGACGUGGAGGAGGAUGAGGCUAUUCCAGACAGCGAGCAGGACAUUAAACCCCGCUUCCACAAGUCCCGCACAGUCACACUGCAGCACGAAGGGGGCGAGGGAGAGGAGGGGGAGGAUAUUGACGAAGAUGAUGACGAUGACGACGAUACUCUUUCUGACUGGAACUUGCGUAAAUGUUCAGCAGCAGCGCUGGACGUGUUGGCUAAUGUUUUCCGGGACGAGUUGCUCCCCCAUCUGCUCCCACUGUUGAAGGAUCUGCUGUUCCACCCAGACUGGGUCAUCAAGGAGUCUGGCAUUCUGGUGCUGGGGGCCAUCGCUGAGGGUUGUGUACAGGGCAUGGUUCCAUACCUGCCUGAGUUGAUUCCUCACCUGAUCCAGUGUCUGUGUGAUAAGAAAGCUCUGGUUCGCUCCAUCGCCUGCUGGACGCUGAGCCGCUACGCUCACUGGGUGGUCAGCCAGCCACCCGACGCCUACCUCAAACCCCUCAUGACCGAGCUGCUCAAACGCAUCCUUGAUGGCAACAAGAGGGUGCAGGAGGCUGCCUGCAGUGCAUUUGCAACUCUAGAGGAAGAGGCCUGUACUGAGCUGGUUCCCUAUCUGGGCUUUAUUCUGGACACACUUGUCUUUGCUUUUGGAAAAUACCAGCACAAAAAUCUUCUCAUCUUGUAUGAUGCCAUUGGAACAUUGGCUGACUCUGUGGGCCACCAUCUCAAUCAGCCUGAAUAUAUCCAAAAGCUGAUGCCCCCUCUCAUCCAGAAAUGGAAUGAGUUGAAAGAUGAAGACAAGGAUCUGUUCCCUCUGUUGGAGUGUCUGUCCUCGGUGGCCACUGCUCUGCAGAGUGGCUUUCUGCCCUACUGUGAGCCAGUAUACCAGCGCUGUGUCACCCUGGUUCAGAAAACCCUUGCUCAGGCAAUGAUGUAUAAUCAGCACCCAGAGCAGUACGAGGCUCCUGAUAAGGACUUCAUGAUCGUGGCUCUGGACCUGCUCAGUGGACUGGCUGAGGGUUUGGGUGGCCAUGUGGAGCAGCUGGUUGCUCGCAGCAACAUCAUGACUCUGCUUUUCCAGUGCAUGCAGGACACCAUGCCAGAAGUGAGGCAGAGCUCUUUCGCGCUGCUGGGGGACCUGACCAAAGCCUGCUUCCUUCAUGUUAAGCCCUGCAUCGCUGAGUUCAUGCCCAUCCUGGGACUCAACCUGAACCCAGAGUUCAUCUCGGUCUGUAACAACGCCACCUGGGCCAUCGGUGAAAUCUCCAUACAGAUGGGCUCAAGUGACAGCAGGCAGGGAGCAGGUGACUGUUCAGGUGUAGAGAUGGAGCCAUAUGUGGGGCUGGUUCUUAACCACCUGGUGGAGAUUAUAAACAGACCCAAUACCCCCAAGACUCUAUUGGAGAACACAGCCAUUACGAUUGGUCGACUGGGAUAUGUUUGUCCUCAGGAGGUGGCACCCAUGCUGCCACAGUUUAUUCGACCUUGGUGCCAGUCGCUGAGAAACAUCAGGGACAAUGAGGAGAAAGAUUCAGCCUUCAGAGGCAUCUGUUUAAUGAUUGGGGUGAAUCCUGGAGGUGUAGUGCAGGACUUUAUUUUCUUUUGUGAUGCUGUGGCCUCAUGGAUGAACCCGAAAGAAGAUUUGAGGGAUAUGUUCUACAAGAUCCUGCAUGGCUUUAAGGACCAGGUUGGGGAGGAGAACUGGCAGCAGUUCUCUGAGCAGUUCCCCCCACAGCUGAAGGAGCGGCUGUCAGCCUGCUAUGGCGUUUAGAUGCGCCCCCCUAAUUAACACAGGACACGCCUGUUAGGUCUAAUCUACGGGAGGGUUACUGGGGAACUCAUCCAUGUCUGUGUAUUGCACUGCCCUGCUGUUGGAGGGGGGAAGAACGGCGCAAUGGUCUGUGUGUCGGGGCGGCCCCGCACCCUGUGUCUCUGUGAGGGAGGGUGGGAAAGGGUGGGAAGGGGGUUAGGGGGAACCAACCUCUGCAACAAACUCCGCGAUUUAGCAUCCCACGCGGUUGGAGUAGGAAUUUUAAGACUAAAAAAAAAUAAACGGAAGCAAAAGGGAUCUAGGCUGGGAUAGAUGGGGAGAGGGAGGGAGAUAGGUAGGAACGCCUUGCCAGCUGAUAACUCCACUGCUCUCUUCAGUGCUGGAGGAGAGUGCUAACGGGAGGGGGGAGGGCUGGGUAGCACCAAACGCGCCCACCAAUAGUACAGUCUAGUCAAGCCCUGGCACCUCAGCUAGACGCCUAUAGCACACAAAGCGCGUUAUGUAGACCCGCACACUUUUUAGACGAAGCUUAAGGCAAAUCUCUUUUUGCCUGGGCAACAUUUUGUGUACCCUAACGCAUACAAACAAUAUCUUAAGAGCUAUCUGUUGAACACAUCAGUACUAUAAUCUUUUUAAACCACAGGGAUUAAUGGCUAGAGGUAAAGCACGAGAUGCUUACAAUAAUAGGGAGAAAUAAAUUUCACCUUUUUAAAUAUGCGAUCAUUACUUGUCAGUAAGUACAGUGCAUAUAGUCUCGCUUUCAGGCUGUGUAUUGCAUCUUUCCAGGCCGUUCAUUGUCGUUACUGCUCUGUAACUUGGCCGGAACUUGGUUUUAACUUAAGUUUCAUAUUUCUCCCCAUCAAGAAAGUGCUCCACUGUGUUUUGUGUUGACCCCCUAGUUCUGCUGUAACCAGAACAACUUUCAGGAACUGUAACUAUAGUGCUGAGUGUUUUCACUUUUCUUCUGCUUGCUCAGAUAAGGGAAUGAGAAAAUGGUUUGCAUGAACUCCAGACCCUUGGAGAAAUCAGUGCAAUGUGUCAGUUUUUCUGUCCCUUUUCCUCCCUCCUUUUAAUUUCUUUUAAAGAUGAACAUGCAGUGUUAGCAGGCUUAGCUUUAAUAGUGACUUUUUUCCCCCAUUUAGGACAGUGUGGGUCAGUGUUCUGUUGUCUUUCAGCAGUAGUACGUCCCGUCGUGAGCCGUGUUUUUCGCAUCUUGCUGUGCUCCUCUGAAAAACCAUAUUGCAGCCUGACCUUCCUGUAGAGCAAAAGAAUGUGCUGCUAGUGCUUAAAAAGUAUGUUAUAAAAUUAAACAAUAGUCAGUAAGAAACCAAAUGAGUGGUUUUAAUGCACUUUGUUAGGGAGUUUCAUGCUUACAGACAGCAAUCCUGCGGACUUAUAUAGGCUAUAUUUGUUAAGGUUGUUGGUUAAUGGCAUGUUUCAGAACAUGACACUAUUAUAAACAAUGAUAAACAAAAGAUUGAUGGUGCGCAGUGCAUUGAGAUUAUUUCUACAUGGUCAGUUUAGGUGGUAGUCUUAUAUUGGCAUCAUUUUAAAGAAGCUGGAAGGUUUAUACAUCUGAUAAAGCCACGUGUAGGUAUGUGCAUCACCUUGAUAUGUAAUGAACAAAAUUUAAGAGAAUAGUUUAAGUCUAAAUUACGGUAAGGUUAACAUCUGCUCUGUGUUGAAUGGUAAAUUCAUCAGUUUUACCCAGUGCACCACAACUUGACGUGUAGCUUAAGGGCAAAUGGGUAAUGUAAAAUUGGAUUAUGAAUAAGAAAACUUGGUGGUUAAUUUGGUCCCCUUGUGUAGCUGUGAAUAGGUUGUAGAAUUAAUUGAUUAAUAGAUUAAUUCACUGAUGCUGAUGUUAGGAUGUAAUUUGGAGUCUUUUGGGUUUUUUGGCCUUUACUAUAAAGCUUAGACACAAAGGUACAUGUUUGAGAGAUGUAGAGAAUUGCACUGGCUUUCUCCCAGGUGAGGUUUUUAUUUAUUUUUUUGUUUUUUACUUCCUCCUUUUAUUCUCUUUUAAAACAGAGCCCAUUGUCAACACUUGCAGUUCAUUUACCAUAUCUUGUUUUCUGUCCUGGACUAAUUUUAACCGAGGCCUUAUAGCAUAGACAUAAAGGAUUAUCUCUGCACAAACUAUAUGGCUAAUUACUUGUACCAAAAAAGUAACAAAAAGCAGAGGUUCUCAUGAAAGCCAUGAAAGCAAUAGCCAUGUCUCUGCUAGUAUAGAUGCACGUUUGUCUUUAAGGUGCACCUGGUUUGCAAUUGUCCAUUCGAACUGAACAUGAUUGUGAAAAGUGAGUGAAGUGGAACCUCACUGUUCUUUUUGAAAAUGCCUUGGUGUACCUUUCAAGAUCUCUUUUGCUCAUUUAAUAACAGCCUUGACAAUCUAAUUUUAGCUUUCUACACUUUUGUAAAUUGCUCCUUCCUCAGGACUUGAGCUCUAUAAAUGGGUAAAUGACUGUGCAAGUGUUGCUCGAUAGGCAGUCAAAAAGUUUAGGGUGGGGUUACACCAAUUAACAAUUCACACAUGGCAGUUUUUCAUAUACACGAGCAAAUAUUCCAAGUCCCGUUUCUCAUUAACAAGCAAGAUAUUUACAUUAAAUUUCAGAAGUAUUUGAUUUUUAGGCGGAACGUUCUUUUCAGAGUGUUAAUGCUGACCGAACUGGUGGACUUGAACAAAAACUCUGUUCUGGAAGUACUGUGAACCACUCGAUGUGGAGCCAAAUUUGCUCCCAAUUACCAAGAAAUGUAUUUUAAAGAAAGUAAAACACUCAUUUUUCUGCAGAAUAUCAAUUGUCCUCAAGACUUUUUUUAAGUUAGUUUUUUCAUUUUAUUUUAAAUUUCAUACUGUUAUUUAUUUUGUUUUUUUUCUUUUUGUAUUUUUUGUGCUUCUACGCACAAAGAUUUUUUUAGACUUUAAAAGUUUUAUUAUUUUGUUUUUGUUUUAAAGAAUUUUGUUUUUGUUGUUUUUAUAUCAACCAAUUGUCAUGCAUUUUUUUUCUUUUCUUUUUAAAUCAACCAAUUCCAACAAAGAAUAGGAUGGAAGGAGGGGAAAUGCAUUUGAGCCUGUACUGUGUACUUAGGAGAAAAUCUGCUGAAUGAUUUAAGAAGUAGGUUUUUGUUUUGUUUUUUUUUUUUUUUUUUUUUUUUUUUUUCCUUCCUCUUCCACACUGUGGUGCAAACUCAUUUAUCUCUCAUCACUUUCUAUUUUAAUUCUGUGAAAUGGGGAAAUAAAUUCUUUUCUACCAACUGGGAAA